UCGGGCCAUACAAACUGCGAGUGAAUUUAUGAUGUGCACCUUGAACACAAACUUCCCUCGAUGGUCAUUUGGAGAUCGGCUCAACCAUGCUCGCCACUGCUUCCAAGACUUUGUUCACGUCGGCCAAGAGCCAAAUCCGCCGCUCCACCACGGCCAGUUUGCAGUGGGCCAAGGACUUGAACAAGCCGCUUAAGGAAACGGACCCCGCGCUGUUCGACAUCAUCGAGCGUGAGAAGCAACGUCAACGCAACUGCUUGAGUUUGAUCGCGUCUGAAAACUUCACCUCUCGCGCCGUGUACGAUGCGUUGGGGUCGGUCAUGUCCAACAAGUACUCGGAGGGGUACCCUGGCCAGCGCUACUACGGCGGCAACAAGAUCAUCGACCAAGCCGAACUGUUGUGCCAGAAGCGUGCGUUGGAAGCGUUCAAGCUCGACCCGGAAGUAUGGGGUGUGAACGUUCAGAGUUUGUCGGGGUCGCCUGCCAACUUUCAAGUGUACACGGCGCUGUUGCAGCCCCACGACCGCAUCAUGUCGUUGGACUUGCCCCACGGCGGCCACUUGUCGCACGGGUUCCAGACCGGCGCCAAGAAGAUCUCGGCUACGUCCAUCUUCUUUGAAUCGAUGCCGUACCGAUUGGACCCGAAGACCGACCUGAUCGACUACGACUCGUUGGCCACGAACGCCGAACUGUUCCGCCCGAAACUCAUCGUCGCCGGCACCAGCGCGUACUCGCGCCACAUUGACUACGCCCGCAUGAAGGAAAUCGCCGUCGCGAACAAUGCGAUCUUGUUGGCCGACAUGGCGCACAUCAGCGGUCUCGUCGCCGCCGGCGUCGUGCCCUCUCCGUUUGAAUACGCUGACGUGGUCACGACCACGACCCACAAGUCGCUCCGUGGCCCCCGUGGCGCCAUGAUCUUCUACCGCAAGGGGACUCAAAGCGUGGACAAGAAGGGCAUUGAAACCAAGUACGACUUGCAAGGGAAGAUCGACUUUUCCGUGUUCCCGGGGCUUCAAGGCGGCCCCCACAACCACACGAUCUCGGCGCUCGCGACCGCGUUGAAGCAAGCCAACACGCCCGAGUUUGUCGCGUACCAAAAGCAAGUGCUCGCCAACUCCAAGGCGCUGGCAACUCGUUUGAUGGACAUUGGGUACAACCUCGUCUCGAACGGCACCGACAACCACUUGAGCUUGGUCAACUUGAAGAGCUCCAAGGUACACACUACUAGUACUUACUACUAGGAGUGCUUACCAACAACAACCCUGACCUGACGUGCUAGGGCAUUGACGGCGCACGUGUGGAAUUCCUCUUGGAAGAAGUCAACAUUGUGAUCAACAAGAACACCGUCCCCGGCGACAAGAGCGCGUUGGUCCCUGGCGGUAUGCGCCUCGGCGCUCCUGCACUGACCUCGCGCGGGUUGACUGAAGAGGACUUUGUCACCGUGGCCAACCUCAUCAACGAAGGCGUCGACUUGUCCGUGGCCAUCAGCAAGGCCGUGACGGGCAAGAAGGUGCAAGACUUCAAGACGUACGUGAUCAACGGCGGUCACAAGGCGGAGAUCCAAGCGCUGGAAGAGAAGGUCGCGACCUUCAUGCGCUCCUUCCCCACCGUCGGAUUCGAAGAAAGCUCCAUGGUGUACAAGGAUUAAUCGAAUUUCGUAGUAAUCACACAACCUUUCGCACCUUGAUUUCCGGAUAAAGGAGAUCUAAAUUAUACGGAUGACCCUGAA